AGAACGGCAUGUGUUCAGGGUAAUAAACAGGUGUCUAGUGGUGGCUUAUCACAGAAUCCGGGCUCAGUUUAUAAAAUGUUCGGCGACGCAUUAACGUCUUUUCUGCCAUCACACACCACGCAAGCUUCAGAAGAGCAGGAUGGGCAGGCAGAGGAAGAGGGUGGUCACUGGUGAAGCUGCUCCCCCUCCAAGGAAGGAUGAGAAGCCCUCUGCAUUUCACCGCAAAGAAAAGAAAAAGAAAGUCGAUAUCGGCAAAGUCUUCAUCAACAUCUCCAUUGGCCUCUGCAUAUUCAGCCUGAUCUGGUUCUUUUAUGCCCUCUACAUGCGGACCAGUCUUGCCAAACGUGUGGUGACCCUGCACCCAUCGCCUCCUGUCCUGGAUGCCAACAGCAGCAGUGCCAGAGUUUCCCCGGAGAGGUUCUGGGGCUCAUACAGGCCUCAGGUCUACUUUGGGAUGAAAACCCGGAGUCCAAGGUCGAUUGUGACAGGCAUGAUGUGGAUGCGUCAGUUCUCAGACGUGGAUGUAAACCUGAGGCACACAUGUGAGCAAGGUGAUCGACUGCAAGGCUACGGGUGGCUGAUGCAUGAUGGGAUCACCUUUGGCGUCCAGGAAAUCCGAGACAACGAUUUCACUCUAACCACAGAAUUUGUCAAGAGGAUGGGAGGGGAUCAUGGAGGAGACUGGACGUGGAGGAUCACUGCCAAACAGCAUAGCUCUGCACCUCAAGCUCCAGUCAUCUCCCUGAUGUUUUACGCAGCAGCAGACACACAGGGCUCACUGGAGGCUCAUGUUGAGGAGAGAAACCGCCUUGCAUCCAUCACCGGUUUCUCAGAGGAGCUUGGUAACUUCAAGAUCACCUUCAGAAAGCCAGUUACUGGGGAAUUAUCUAGUGCUAAAUAUGCCAGUUACAACUAUCUUCAGACUAAAUCUCCUGGUUUGGAGAAGCUGACUGACAUUGUGAAGCACAGUUUGAACCGCAGGUUUGUCUACAGCCCUCCCUCUGGUGAGAAAAGGCAUUACAUAGCUGUAGACACCUACAAGCCCCCUCACCACCCAAACCAGCAGAAAUCCGCUGACACAAGGAAAGAGAGCGAUUUUGUGGUUUACCAGGUGACUGUCCAGACACCGUUCCAGAUCGAAGUUUUGUUUGAAUCGGGGAGCUUUCACAACCGUCCUAACCAGCUUGUGGGAUCCAUCAUGACUCAGGAGCUGGAGAAGCAGAAGGCUGAGUUUGACGCAAGGUUCGAGAAGACCUUUGGGCUUGAGAGCAAAGGUUUCAGCCCGGCACAUGUUAAGUUUGGCAAGGCAGCGCUGAGCAACAUGUUGGGUGGAAUGGGCUACUUCUAUGGCCAGUCAGUGGUACAGUCAGUCUACAAUGAAUACCCACUCUUGUACCCUGAAGGUGCUUUAUUCACCGCUGUACCGUCACGCUCAUUUUUUCCCAGAGGGUUCCUUUGGGAUGAGGGCUUUCAUCAGCUGUUGCUGAGCAAAUGGGAUCCCCAGGUUACAAGGGAGGCCAUUGCCCACUGGAUAGACCUGAUCAAUAUCGAGGGCUGGAUCCCCCGUGAGCAGAUCCUCGGUGACGAGGCUCGCAGUAAAGUCCCAGCAGAGUUUGUUGUUCAGCAUAAUGAGAAUGCCAACCCACCCACUCUUUUCUUAGCCCUUCAGGAACUUAUUGAGCAGCUCUCUUCAAAUCCAGAGAAGGUCGAAUCUCAGCCGACCUUGCCUUUCCUGCGACGGCUCUUCCCAAGACUGAAAACCUGGUUUGAAUGGUACAACACCACACAGAAAGGGCAGCGACCAAACUCUUAUCGCUGGCGUGGACGCGACAAGGACACAAAUCUUUUCCUCAAUCCCAAAACGCUGACUUCUGGGCUGGAUGACUACCCUCGGGCCUCACACCCGUCAGCAGAUGAGCGCCAUGUGGAUUUACACUGCUGGAUGGCUUUGUCCUCAGGCAUCAUGGCAAGUAUAGCCCAGCUUCUAGGCGAGCCCCAUCAGGACUAUGAACUCUCCCAUCAGGUGCUCAGUGACAACAACCUGCUGAAUGAGCUCCACUGGUCAGAACAACUUCAUGCUUUCAGUGACUGGGGGAACCACACCCACAUGGUGGCCUUGCAGAAGGAGAAGGUUUACGUGCCUCCUGGACAACCUCGUCAUCAGUUCCCCGUAGCGCGCCUUGUGCGCUCAGUCCUCCGGCCCCCCAAGCCGCAGUAUGUUAACGCUUUGGGUUACGUCAGCCUGUUCCCUUUCUUACUGCACAUUCUGUCACCGGACUCUCCCAAACUAGAGCAUAUCCUCCGUGACAUGAGAGACUCUAACAAGCUAUGGACACCCUAUGGCCUGCGUUCUCUCUCCAAGGCCGAUAAACUGUAUAUGCAGAGAAACACAGAACACGAUGCCCCAUACUGGAGGGGACCGAUAUGGAUUAACAUCAACUACUUGGCAGUCAGGGCCCUCCACCACUAUAGCAACACAGAAGGGCCAUACCAAGAGAAGGCCACUGCCCUUUAUGAGGAACUCAGGACUAACAUCAUCAAUAAUGUUUAUAGACAGUACAUUGAAACAGGGUAUAUCUGGGAACAGUACAGUGACAGCAGCGGCAGGGGCCAAGGAAGCCACCCCUUCACUGGCUGGUCAGCACUAACAGUAUUAAUGAUGGCUGAACAGUACUGACACUGUUGAAUGCAUCUCAUCUUUUCUAAGAUAUUGGCCUUCAUGUAUCUGGAUGCCAUUAAUACAACAACAAGAACAAGUGUCAAGACUAGAGCCCCCCAAUACUGAUAUUAGUUUCAUAUUUUGUUUUUUGCAAUGAUCCUUCAAAUCAAGUCAAAUCAGCAUGUUUUACAAUAUAUAUAUGCUGACACACAUUUUAUUUAUAGACGGCCAAUAAAUAUUGGGCAAAAAAAUUGGCCAAUGGAUAUAUUGGUCGGGCUCUAGCUAAAAUAUAGUAAUAUGCCGUCUGGUUGAUAGAACUCCACUCAGCGUUGAAAAACUUAACUGCAAGAACCACCUCAAGAAUAGCAAUUUAUGAUCACAUUUCCUCAAUAAACCUUUAAUUAGAAUAGCAGGUUUCACACCGGUAUUCUGAAGGGUUAUUUUAUACAAGUGCAGCUACCUUGUCUUCGCUGUAUGCGGAGCCAAGCACAGUCUAGUGCUUCGGUUGAAUACUUAAGAUGCAUUUAGAAGAUACUUAAUGAACUCGUAUCCAUCACAACUUCAGACACACGCAACUUCAUUGCUUCCAGACCAGUGUUUUAAUAUGGAAAUAUCAAGACGGGUGAUUACAGUGUUUUUCUUCAAGAUGCAGGAAACACCUCAACCACCUCUCUGACGUGUGAUGAUGUAUGUGAAUAACUCUCAUCAGAUUUGCCGGUUUCUAUCUUGGAAAAUAAUUGAUUAAAUGAGCCAAUUGUGCGUUCACUUGAAGGCCAUUACUCUUCGUUGUGCCAUUUCUCUUCAAUCCUGUGUCCUCAACUCUUUGUCUUAAUGGUUUGUCAUUUUGAUAUUUAAUUGUUUGAUCAUUAAAGAAGUUCUGUACAGUCUUGCUGAACAUUUCUAAAAUUACUGCUUCUAAAAGCAGCCAUAUUUUGAAUACACAGCCUUUGACUGGCAGGGAAAUCAACACUGACUGUGAGAUUGAUUUGUUUUGCUAAGAACAAUAAAUGGUUUCAAUAUGUUUUUGUUAUACUGUACUUUCUUUUGUAAUAUCCGUAUGUUUCAUUCAUGUAAGCAAAUGAUUUAUUGAAUCUGAGCCUAUAAAAAUACUUUUUGCUCUUCUGUA